AACAUGCGGUAUCUGUGGAAUACUAUACUGGUAGUUCUCCAAGCUUAUCACUGCAGUUCAUGUCCUAAUGACACUGGGUGGAUUGGAAAUCCAGACUGGACCUUCUGCUACAAGGACAUGAAUGACGUUGAGGACUUUGUAACUUCUGCCAAUGUGUGCUCUGCUAUCAAUACCACAAUGGCUAUGCCUAAGAAUGACACAGAAGUUCAGCAACUCAUUACUUUCAUGACUAUGAUUGGUAAAAAGAGUGCCUGGAUCUACUUGGCUAAAUCUGGAUUUGUGUUUCAGUGGAUGGAUGGGAUGGCUCUGACCGAGGAGUCCUGGGCGGAUCCGGAGCCGAGCGGAGAUGGGAACUGUGUGGAAGUGAGCACAGCUUUAUUGGGAUGGAAUGAUUUGUCAUGUACCCAAGAUAAAAGGAACACGAUUUGUCAAGCACUGAAUGAAAUAACUCCAAUAACUGAAUUAGUGAAAAUUACAACACCCACAGAGGAAAUGACGACAACUGAUCUCCCCAUCAACAACACAACCACCUCCACACUGUCAACCUCAACAACAACCACCUCAGCAGUGUCAACUUCAACAACCACCUCAGCACUGUUCAACUCGACAACAACCACCUCAGCACUGUUCAACUCGACAAUCUACAACACAACAGAGGUAAAUCUCACCUGUUACACCUACACAGUAUGUGGAGCCAACAGAACGCUUUCUGUGUGGGAGUUAGCUACAUUAAUAGCUAAGCGCCAGGCAGACCUUACUGUGGAGAAGAGCCGCUUAUCAUCCACCAUCAGACGGAAGUCCAGUGCUGGAGAUACACGUCCAAGCUCCGUGUCUAUUGGGGUGCUAGGCGGAAUCGUCAUAGUGAUAAUUUAUAUGUUCAUCUCAUUCCUGGACUUGGUACCAGUAAAAGCAAAACCGAAAACAAGCACAAAACCAAAGAAUCGUUCCAAGAGUGCUCAUCACAGGCUUGAACUGUAAGAAUGGUUACCAGCUGUGUGAUAAUUCAUCUCUUUUAUUGAACUGUAAAAACAGUUAACUUUUGUAUGAUAAUUCAUCUCUUUUAUUGAACUGCAGAAAAUGGUUAACUUUUCAAUUGUAUGAUAUAAUUCAUCUCUUCUAUUGAACUGUAAAAACAGUUAACUUUUGUAUGAUAAUUCAUCUCUUUUAUUGAACUAUAAGAACAGCUGACCGAGUCAUACUAACUACAGCUGACCGAGUCAUACUAACUACAGCUGACCGAGUCACUAACUACAGCUGACCGAGUCACUAACUACAGCUGACCGAGUCAUACUAACUACAGCUGACCGAGUCAUACUAACUACAGCUGACCGAGUCACUAACUACAGCUGACCAGUCAUACUCACUACAGCUGACCGAGUCAUACUAACUACAGCUGACCGAGUCACUAACUACAUCUGACCAGUCAUACUCACUACAGCUGACUGAGUCACUCACUACAGCUGACCGAGUCAUACUCACUACAGCUGACCAGUCAUACUCAACAGGUCAGAUCUAACAUCAGCGUUAAAGUGGUGUGCCUUGACGUAUUUGUGCCAAUGAGAAGUCAUCAUCUAAUGACUCUUUUACAGACAAAUAAACUGUCACUGCAUCAUUUUAGAAUAGCUUGCAAUCAUUAUCAUUGUACUAUGUUAAUUUCUUAUAGAUUACUGCUAAUCAUGGUGUGCUAGUAUAUAAAUAUUGCAUGUAAUUGAGGGUAACAUUGAAAAUUUUCACUCCGAGAAAACCAUUGUCAACUGAGGCGUAGCCGAGGUUGACAAUGGUUUCUUGAGGGGUGAAAAUUACCCUUAACUACAAGCAACAUUUGUUUUAUUCUACUGAAUGUUAGAUGAACAACAAAGGAGAAAGACUUACGUCUGUUGACAUUUGAUCAAUCAUUGUCAUGCGAUUUUUCGUAUAUCUAUGCAGGUAUUCGUGUUUAUUACAAACGUUCAAACGACGUCGUCUAACAAUCUACGGCGAACCGUACGUGCAUAAAUUUGACGUAUGUGAUAAUUUUUUAUAAUAUCACCCGUUGUCAAGUACUGUUACCCGUUGCUAGAUACUAUCACCCUGGAGUGCGUGCUUUCUGUUCUCAGAGGGUAACAAUAUAUUUUUUCAAAUGCUUCUCAACCAAUCAUAUUAAAGUAUUUUACAUGAAAGUAUAAUAAUAUCAUAUAGCAUGCAGUUAAUCACUGUGUGUUAAUUAUGCAUACUAUGGUAUGUUAAUCAUUGUAUGUUAAUUUUGUAUAGAUUACUGCUAAUCACUGUGCAUUAAUUUUGUAUAACAGCAUGAUUAACACAAUAUGUUGAACACUGCGUUUUAACACUGUGUGUUAAUUUUCUAUAGCACAAUGUGUUAAUCUUUUAUAGCACAAUGUGUUAAUCACUUAUAACACAAUUGUUAAUCACUGUGUGUUAAUUUGGUAUAUAGUCCACUGCAUUAAUCGCUGCAUAUUAAUUUUGUAUAGAUUGCUUUUAAUUAUUAAAUAGCGUAAUGUGUUAAAUAACUGUUUAUUAAUUUCAUAUCAAAUAGCGUAAUAUGUUGAAGAAUCAUUUGUUAAUUUCAUGCAUACAGCAUGAUGUGUUGAAGAAUCGUUUGUUAAUUGAAUGACAAUAGCGUGAAUACUGAAGCACGUUAAUUUCGUACUUACUUCGAUGCAUUCUUUAUGGCCUCUGUCAGCUUGUCUCGGACCCUGAAAGGAAAAAACCAGCAUUGUUCAACUGACUCUCAUCUAAUCAUAAUUAUUAAUUCUUUUUCUGUCAGCUUGUUUCAGACCUUGAAAGGAAAAAACCAGCAUUGUUCAACUGACUCUCAUCUAAUCAUAAUAAUUCUUUUUCUGUCAGCUUGUUUCAGACCUUGAAAGGAAAAAACCAGCAUUGUUCAACUGACUCUCCUCUAAUCAUAAUCUUCAUCUCAUUUGAUACUUGUCUCCUUUAUUCCUAACACAGUUCAGAUCUAUUUAUUCCUAAUGAAACUAGGCUUAUGAGGUGAUGCUAGGUAGGGUCUUUCAAAAUUACAAUGGUGGCCGCAUUUCAAGGCAGGGUGGAUUUUCUUAUCACAACUACUAUAAGGUCAUUCUAAGAAAUCAAUUUCAAUUUUGAAAACACAUGAAAGCACGACACUUCAUGCUGGCAGACUUCAUGCAGCACAUUAGCAAAUCAUUAGUUUCAUGAAAAGUAAGCGAGUGUGAAGCAUCACUCAAUGUUUACACAUUCAUGUAUUUUCAAAAAUAAAAAUUAUUUUUGAUA